GAGCACAACCACUGUAUUUGCUUUGAAAUUCGCAUGACAAACACCUGUGCUUUGUUUCCUGAAGGAAUUUGCUGUACUUACAGAAUUAUUACAAUUUAUGACUUGGAAGUUUCCUGGUCCAAGAUCUAGAUUGUAAUUAUCUUGAAAGUACUGUAGGGUGAGCCACAAAUAAUAAUUGUUGGAGCAAGGGCUUGGUAUUGAUGUGUAAACCUACUGAGGAGGUUGCCUCCUGAAGUCACAAAAGGCUCUAUUAAACCCUAAAAACAAAUCAUACAUGCAACUCAACACAAAAGUCAGGACUGGGUGACCACCCAUCCCUGUACUUUAUUGUCCCUGGCCAGGCUCCAAAUCUUCUCUGAUAUUCUGCAUAAAUCCUCCUCUUCUUCGCUAACCACAGCAGAGACAGUCGCACACUGGGACACUCGGUGCCUCGGGUUAUGGUAUACCCAGAAGGGCUGCAAAUUCACGGAGAAGGUCUUGCCACCAGGUUCUCUUUUUUGUGUGUGUAUUCCAUAGCAGCGCUGCCGAGGUGAUCAUGCUGCACUGUUUUCAGUUGUGGUGUUAGAAUUGUCUUAAGCUAUUUGGGACUUUGUUGGUGAAAAGCAGCAUCUUUUCAUCAAUUGCAAGACAGGUACCAGAUUUCUGUGCUUGGGCUCUGCUUGAAAAGAUAUUACCAACCUGCCUGCAUCAGUACAGGAUGCAAGGCUUGGGGGUUUGUUUUAGCAAAUAUAGCAAAGGUCUGCAUCUGGAUGCCGUUGUACCGCUGUGCGGCACUGGCUGAACUGGAAUCCCCUUUAUAUGUUCAUGUGGCUAUUAAUAUGCUGCAGGUUGGUUGCUUUUGCUCAGCCAGAGUAGCUGAAGCAGCCUGUCUUAUAAGUGUAGACAGGACUCUGCCUACCAGAUCCUGCAGUAACUUUAGAAAGGGGCUUGAGGGCUUAGGCCAUCUAGAUAGAGCAGAUGUGGGCUGGGACGCAGCCAUUAGCACUCAGGUUUUUUAGCAGAUACUUUUACUCUGAAGAUUGGGGUAGAGCUGGGCCUGGCAAGCUUGGGCUGGGAAUGAGGUUGCCUUGGAGACUGGGCAAGGUUUUUAAGCACGAGUUGAAGGGAAAUCUGUGAUGAGUCUUCUGUCAUUAACCUCUUCUGAGUCUUUCUGUCUGCAACAGACCUCUACAGGGAUACGCACCAGUAAGUUAAUCGUAAAUUUGGGGUUGGAGUGGGGGGAGAACAGGGGGAAAGGGAUACUCUUCUCCCCUUGAUGGAGGAAUGCAGGGUCAUUUUGGUACUAUACAGCCUGUCAGGGGAAUUACCUGAAGUGACAGGACUUAUUCCUUUUACCUGAGGCCCUCGCUUAUGUGCUGCCCAUGUGUCAAGGCAAUUCUCUGCAGACAGCUGGCAGAGUGCAAAGUUUAGUAGCAUUUGCCUGCAGAUGAGUCAGCAGAAGAGAAAUAGCUUGCUCCUGUAAAAUGGGGCGAUCUUGUAGGCAAAGCAGCACAUGACAGUCACAUCUGAUGUGCCAACACCUUCCAAGUUCAGAGGGACGAUAGGGGAGCCUGGGAGCUGUGGGUGUCAAGGGGCCUUGCUGGUCCAGCCUGCCAGUCUUGUGCUGACUUGGAUUGGGGUGGGAAAUGCAGCAGCCUGGAGCCAGAGUGUUUACUGAAUAGUUGCAGCUAUCUCUUGUUUUCCACAGGCUUUAGAAUUUAAGUAGCAGGAUUGUUUUUGCCUUGGCAUGUGAAUCUGCAAGUGAAAAGCAGUGGAAGUGGCAGAAGAAAUCCCACUACUGCAUGUAGAUUUGCAGAUAAUAUUCUUCAAUAAAUUCCUUGGGACAUGAGAACACAAAGAAUGCAGAUGGGCCGGGUCCUCAUGCCACUGGUGUGGUUAGGGUGCAGAAAUACGCAGGAAUUAUCUGCGUCUCCAGUGUAGUGCCAGGCACACAGUUCUCUGACACCUCCAAAGCUAAACAAAACAUCAGUACUGUCCAUGGAGAUGCAGACAGCGAGAUAAGGCUUUGGCUAACAAGAAGGUUUGCCACACCUAUUCUGACCUUCUGCAUCUUCCAGAGGUGUUAACUGCGGAGUUGUGGUUAAAUUCCAGCUCGGAUGAUGGCGUAGUUAACUAACCUUAGAAGAGUUGUAAAUUCUUUCCCUACUUUUCCCUGUGGUUUUUUUUUUCCUUUGUGGUAACCAAUGCUUGUCCUUUUUUCCUCACAGAAGCGGCUGCAUUUCAGUGGGAUUCAGUGGUUCCCUGACAGGGAGAGCAACUCCUCCCAUCUGGCAGUUGGCUGGGCCUCGCAGAGCUCGUGCAACUCUCUUGAGUUCUUGCUGGGUGUGCUUGGCAAGAUGGAGCCUCCGACCUCCUCCAGGCUGAAUUCCCGUAAGAGAAGAAAAGGUGGAUCUGGCCCCAAUGGGGCGACAGAGCUGGAUGGAAUCCCUCCAAAAAUGUCCCGGCGCUCACUCGGACUGAAGGAACCGGCUCCGUUCUCAGAUGAAGUAGAAAUCGAUUACAGCAAGCCAUACAUCAGAGUAACAUAUGAAGAAGCAAUGAGAGGGACCCCUUUGGAUCGCCCCGUAAGAGUUUAUGCUGAUGGAAUAUUUGAUUUGUUUCACUCUGGACAUGCCCGGGCCUUGAUGCAAGCGAAGAACCUCUUCCCAAACACAUACCUCAUUGUUGGAGUCUGCAGUGACGAGCUAACCCAUAACUUCAAGGGCUUCACAGUAAUGAAUGAAAAUGAGCGGUAUGACGCUGUGCAGCAUUGUCGCUAUGUCGAUGAAGUGGUGAGAAAUGCGCCGUGGACGCUUACCCCCGAGUUCCUGGCAGAGCACAGGAUCGACUUUGUUGCACAUGAUGACAUCCCCUAUUCUUCUGCUGGUAGUGAUGAUGUUUAUAAGCAUAUAAAAGAAGCAGGCAUGUUUGCACCAACUCAGAGGACUGAGGGGAUCUCAACAUCAGAUAUCAUCACCAGGAUCGUGCGGGACUAUGAUGUUUAUGCCAGACGGAACCUGCAGCGGGGUUACACAGCUAAAGAGCUCAAUGUCAGCUUCAUAAACGAGAAGAAAUAUCACCUCCAGGAGCGUGUGGAUAAGGUGAAAAAGAGGGUGAAGGAUGUAGAGGAGAAGUCAAAGGAAUUUGUGCAGAAAGUGGAGGAGAAGAGUAUUGAUCUCAUUCAGAAGUGGGAAGAGAAGUCCCGGGAGUUCAUCGGCAAUUUCCUGGAGAUGUUUGGUCCAGAAGGCGCAUUGAAACACAUGCUGAAGGAGGGCAAGGGCCGGAUGCUGCAGGCCAUCAGCCCAAAGCAGAGUCCCAGCAGUAGCCCCACGCACGACCGCUCCCCAUCUCCCUCUUUCCGCUGGCCCUUUUCAACCAAGACUCCUCCCUCCUCGCCAGCCAACCGCUCCAGGAACGAGUCUGCGGUCACCUAUGACAUCAGUGAGGAUGAAGAGGAUUAAGCUACCAGCCGGGAUUUGCUGCGAACCGCUAACCGCCGCAUCCUAAGUCUGAACCCACUGGGGAACUCUAAAUGAGCGAGAGAGCCAUAGGAACAGGGCUGACGGUGAGCACAGGGCAUUGGAGGCACCUGUUGCUCUUAGAAAGGGCUGCUGCCUGGAAGCACAUUCAAACCUCCUCUCCCUUCUCCUCCCUAAAUCCCCUUUUUAUUGUUUACAUUCUAGUGGUUUCCAGGGGGAAGAUCGUUUUUAUAUUUUAGAAAAUACUUUUAAAGCGCAAAGAAUAGCACUCAAGUGUGGCUUUUGUUUCGGUUUCUUUUCCCUUGUUAAACCUCCAGGCAAGAGGGAGAGUGGGAAGACCCACGUGUCUCUUCUUUCCUUCAGUUCCUCUGUCUUAUUCCCCCCACCCCCAGGCAGUAUCUGUGCCACUGCCAAAUGAAAGACCCCUUGGUUUCUCAACCAGCAUGACCUCGAGAGCAUGCAGGAGGCGGUGGUGUAAAGAGGCCUCUAGGAAACAGAGACAUUUCUGCUGCACUGGAGCCCAUAGGAAUCUGUCCAGCAGACGCUGUAUUGCUCAUGUGCCCCUUAGCUGAGCUUCGCAGCGUGUCACAAUGAGGAUGUAGUGCUGAGUAGGGGGCUACCAGCUUAGCACACAGGAGUUACACCCUGGAGGAACUCACAGCACUGUAGAGUCACACACCCCAUAAGCACGCAGCAUUCGCAGCUCCAUAUUGUACAGGGGCUGCAGGGAAAAGGCCUCUCCAGCUAAUCUUAAGAAGACUGCUAACUCUUGAGCUAAAAUUCAGCCCUCAGUUGCUGUUGGAGAGAAGAGAAUAAAUCUUUUCUUCAGGGCGCUUGCUGUCUGCGCAUUUCCUCGGGUGCGUGAGAGCCCAGGCAGGAAACAAAUGCGUGUACUCCUUUGAGAAGUUCCUUGUCCCGGUGUCUGGUUGUGUAGUGAGUUUUACUGUCUGUCCAAAUGGCGCCUCAAGACUGUGCUCUGUGCGUGUUUGUGUUUCAGUUGCUGUGCUCUAAGAGCUGGAGCAGUCCUUUACACUGGUGCUGUGAAGUCGCUGCUAUGAGGACAGAACGUGAAUUCGUACAGCCAGUUUGCUGCCCGUGUUGGUGUGUGCAGCUGGACAGAUGAAGGGCAUGUUUUACCCCAGUGAAGGGUCCCAGUCCCAUCUGACUGUUACCUGGCUUGCGUAAUAAAUUCACGAAUCAGUGCCUGCUUACUCCGCCUUCCUUGAGGAAGGCCAGAAAGAGCAUCAGAGAGCUGCAGCUUUUUAACAUUUUAAAUAUGUAAUCUGCUCAUUUGAAACCAUGGUCCAGGUUAUGCCUGCUGUUGUGUCUGUAAUAAACACUAAGCUUCGUGGCCUGUGGCUCCCCGUGGGCAGUUGCCUUCCUCACGCUGCAUGCCUGUGCACAGAGCAGGUCAGUGUACUCUGUCCCUGCAGCAAGCGCUGGACUUGCUGUCACAUAGCUGCCAAGCUCCUGCUUCCUUUUCUGUUCGGGUUUGCCUGUGAUAUCCAUUGUCUCUGGGUGGAGCUGCUGGGCAGAGUUGCCUGUAUCCUGCAAUGCUGGGAGCACAGGAUAGCUCAGAGCUAGUCAGCAAUACUGCAGAGAGCUCCUCCGAGUGGGAUUCAGUGCUUGUGGAGCAGUGGGUGCAAGGAGGCAAAUCACCAAGUGCUGCCACAGGCUCUGCACAGUGCGAUGCUCCCAGGAAUGCAGUGGCCCUGUGGUAGGAGCAGGCUGCCGCUUCUUUCCAGCUUUCAUCUAGCUGAUCCUUUGUCAUGCUGCCCAGAGGGCUUGUUAGAGACGCUGUGCUUCUGUUGAGGCCAGAGCUGGUAUAGGGAAGGGUAUUUUGGGAAUUCUUCAUCUGCCACUUUGGACCUCUCUCAGCAGGGAUGUGCACGGCUCUGGGAGUGUGGUUGGCUGCUAUGGAUUUUUUUGCUAUAAGGAGCAAAUAAUUGCCGGUUGGUACAAGCCAGUUCUGAAUCCCCUAGUUUGAGUGGUAGAGCACUUACUUUAUAUCACCCACAUUCUCUCUUCCCUCAUCUUCCCCACCUUCCCUUCCUCACCCUUCCCUCAGUAUGAGUGUUGCAUUGCUUUCCCAAACCAGAUCACAAAGGCCAGGCUGCUCUAGAGCCUUACUACUGUUUUAAACACAAGUUAUGCAACAGUGUUCUGUAAAUUCGGAUAACAAUGGUGUUUUGGAUGGUGAUUUGUUCUGCAGAGACCUUAAUGUAUUUCUCAGUCUCUCUGCAAAACCUGGGGUACUUGGUAAGAAGCCAGCUAUGGUUUUACAUGUAUCUUGAAAUAACAGAGCUGUUUCUUGUAACCAAUAAUCCCUGCUUCCUCCUUGCACUUAAAUUAAAUUGGAAACUCAAAUCCCAGAUUAGUCUUUUCUUUUUUUUUUCCCCUUUGUAUUUUUUGUUUCCUUAUGGAUUGCUGGACCAGCCUUAUCUCCAGCACUGCCCUGUCCUAUGAGGAAUAGGACAGAGCUUGAUCUUUGGGCAAAACACGUGAGCCAAGUCCUCCAGGAAUAUCUUGUUAUCCACAGAUGUACCCAGUGCGGCUUCUCCAGGGCUGUCCUGCACACCCCUAACCCAUCCCACUCUUCAGAAGAAGCAUCCAGAAGAUGCAUGCUGGAACUGAGUGUGGAGUUAAGAGUUAGAGUGGAAAAAUAAAACUUUACUAGCAUGCACUGAAGAAUGUGUUGAGUUUAAUGCUGCUAAACCCAGAGGCAUUGACUCCUGCAAGACAGCCCUGCCUCACUUACUCUGUAGAUGUGGCAGUGAGGCUUCUGGCAUCAGCAACCAGCCCCUGGGAGAGGAUCUUCUGAUGGCAAAGAGGAGCAGUAGCAGCAGGGCAAAGCUGGAAGGUGCCAAGGAUGCUGGUAGAAGCAAGAAAUAAAGAGCAUGGCACUUUAACAGCAUAUUGCUUAGAACUGUAGGAGAAGGUCUUUAACCUCUUGGGAAAAGUAUGGCACACACCUGUACUGAAAUGAUUUUGUGCAUUUUAUGGAGGACUUUAUUGUGCAGUCUGGUUCUUGCAACCAGAGGCAGGUGCUAGAGCACCAAAUACACUUGGCAGUAGCAGUGACUUUGGUGAGACUGACUCCAUGUCUUGCCCCUGCUCCUCAGGGUGAGCUUCUCACUGCCAAGGGCUCCCUGGUGUAAAGGUGUGGGUUGGGUUUCCUACCUGCCACAGGUAAGGAGCUGGGUCUGGUUGUCUGAUCGAGGGAAAUGAAUCCCAUAUUUUGCUCUUGCCUGGGUGUUGCUUCUUGGCAAAGCGAGGAGAUUGCUGGGUCUCAAUGCUUCUGCUGAUGCCUGGGAAGUCAGUAAAGGCCAUGUACUGUUGCCAGGAGGCUGUCAAAUUUGGCAAUCUCAUUACGGAACAUCAGUGAAUCUUAGAGCUGAGCAGUUUCGCUUUGAACACAGCCACCUGCGAAGAGCUCUGAGUCACUUUUUUUCCUCCUUCUAAUGGGACAGAAAACUUGCUUUUUCCCCAAAAGAAUCAAUUUAAUAAAAGUUGGGAGCUUUGGCUGACUGCUUCCCCAAUGGGUUGCUCUGGCCAGAAGUAUUACAGUGGGAGGACACCAGGAUGCAGGACGAGGGAAGCUUUGGUGGUGCCCUGCAGCAGGCUCUGGUCUUAGCGCUGAUGAUCUGACAUCUGCUGCCCAUCUCCAGCCGUGCUGCAUCACCCAGUCCUGUUGUCACCUCAGUCCCACAGCAGCAGUUGCUUUAAGCUCGUUCUUCCCAGUCAGUGUUUGCUGUGGUGGUUUCUCUGCGUGGGCCUCUGUGUACACUGUGUGUCUUACUGGCUUGUUCUGGAGUUGGGUGUUUGGCUUUUAUGUUUAGCCAAAUAAAUGCAAAGUCAUUUUA